CAAAAGGAGCAGUUUUCCUCUUGGAUCUCUACCCCGCGUGGUCCAACCAAAUGUUGUCUGCGUUGGCUGAGAGCUUGAUAUAAGCUUGAUAUACAGACAACCAGUUUCCAAAAGUUAGUCUGACGCAGUGCGGUAGCAGGAAUCAAAGCAGCAUCCUCUAAUUACAUUAAUGUCAUGUGUUAUGUCUCCCGCGUGUUGACCAAAAAAGCUUUCCCCCCUUCUGAGCUUGACCUCCCAUUUCUGGCUGCAUAAUAGUGCAGGCUGGAGCUCAGAGUGGGCCCUCAGACUGUUGGAGCGCUGCUUGCGCGCGUGUCAGAUAUAGGCUGCAGGGGCGCGCAUCGGCCCGAACGAGGCAUCUUUCUUUCUUUCUUUACCCCCGACAAACCUUCAGGGGCCUUUUAGCAUUUGUUCAGUCUGAGGUUUCUGGAAAACAUCAGAUUCAUUUUUUUAACAAGUCCCAGAUGCGGCAGCGUGAGAGUGUGUGUGUCUGAGCGCGCGAGAAUUUGGGGGAGAAUAUCUGCAGCCUAAAGUUAGGGGAGGGAAAGGAGAAACGCGUGGAUUUUUUAUUUUUUUUCAUAACUUCUUAGGUAUGAACGCAGAUACGUGCGUCUCAUACUGCGAUAUGACAUCGAUGGAUUCUUAUUACAGUGCAUCUACUGCGCAAGGUAGAGAUCACCAGACAAACCCUUUCAGGACUUUCCCAACCACUGAAACCAAAUACAGCCCCACUUUCAUUCCUGGUAAAGGGCAGGCUUACGGGGAGAAGCCGAGAAGUCCUUUCCAGCCGGAGUGCCACUCACUGGAUGGCGCUGAAGAGAGCAGCUUUAACAAAUAUCAGCUCUUCAUGCAGCGACCGACCUGCAAAACUCCGCCUGAAGGCGGCAAGUUGCACCCGGACAGCGCGCACAACGGAACGCUCAUUCCCUGCUACGGUAAAGACAAUAACAGUCUGACUGAGUCAGAGUUGCCCCCCAGCGUUGACCCUCCUGGGAUGGAGGGCAGUUAUCUGAAUCUAAAGGAACCCGGCCUGAAGGGGCCAUCCGACCGCCCAGGGUCCGAACUCUCCAGCCCUUUGGACAAAAGUGAGGCUGAAAGCAACAAAGGCAAGAAGAGGCGCAACCGAACCACCUUCACCAGCUACCAGCUGGAGGAGCUGGAGAAGGUUUUCCAGAAGACGCACUAUCCAGACGUUUAUGCUCGAGAGCAGCUGGCGUUGAGGACGGACCUGACAGAAGCGCGUGUUCAGGUGUGGUUUCAGAACCGCAGAGCCAAGUGGAGGAAGAGAGAGCGUUUUGGCCAGAUGCAGCAGGUCCGCACGCAUUUCUCAACCGCUUAUGAAUUGCCUCUUCUUACCCGGCCUGAGAACUACGCACAGAUCCAGAAUUCGUCCUGGAUUGGUAGCAGCAGUGGGGCGUCUCCAGUGCCAGGCUGCGUCGUACCCUGUGACACCGUUUCCUCCUGCAUGCCGCCACACCCUCACGGUCCUGGAGGUGUCUCUGACUUCCUGGGCGUGCCCAGCCCGGGAAGCAGCCACAUGGGACAGACGCACAUGGGGAGCCUGUUCGGGGGGGCGGGAAUCAGCGGGGGCAUCAACGGCUACGAUCUCAACGUGGAUCCGGACCGCAAGUCCUCCAGCAUAGCUGCACUUCGGAUGAAGGCCAAGGAACACAGUGCGGCCAUCUCCUGGGCUACAUGAUGUUCCAAACACAGUUCCACCCCCACCGACACAACACGGCUCCAUCUGCGAGCGCUGGAGGGGCGGUGGGGGGGUUUCUGGGAGCACAAAUGAUAACGCAGGUCAAAUGAACAGGGAGACUGUGGAGAUAAGAGAGGCCAAGAUAACUAUGAGAAUCAGCAGAUGCUAAAAUUGAGUGAAAUAUUGAUGAGUGUGUUUCUCAAGAGCUCAUCCUUACAUUCUUCAUCUCUCCAUUCUCACUAACACAUAUUAGGUCUAACGUAUGACAUUGAAUUCCGUCCAAAAACAUUUUUUAUGAAGUAUCGGCACUUGAAGCAAAGACUACUUUCUUAUGUUUUCAUAUUUCCAUCCCACCAUUCUUAUGCAGCUGCCACUUUAGACUCUUCUCAUUCUGCAUAAAUCACUUGAAUUCCAUUUCCAAACGAUUCUUGCAUUUUUCAAGCUAAGCCUUCUCCCUGUGAGCGUCACCAAAAGUAAUCCACGAGCUGAGAGUUUAUUUUCUCUCACUGUCAAUUUAAAACUUACAGUUACAACAGAAAACAAUCAUCUUGUUCGAGCCUGAUACCCCACAGUAGUUUAGAACCAUACAAAUAAGCAAAAAAAUGUAAAACAAGGCCUGACCUUAUGGGAACAGAUGUGUGAAAGUGCACCAAAUUGUCACCUCCCCUCCUCCUGAGGCUCCCCCCACAGGUUUCCCUGCUUGUCUGAGGCUUCAGGUUACAGGAAACAGUGUCUCCAGACUGGCAGAUGUGCACAGCAGCAAGCUUUAACACCCAUGUGCCCCUGCGGCUUCUUAGCAUUACCCGAAAACACCACACUCUUAAAAAAAUAAUCAGUUUUUAAUUUGUUAGGCAGAGAUGGAUGUUGGGAUUUGCUGCUUGCUCACAAAACCUACAACAGACAUUUGGGUUCUAUUCUAAAACUACAGUACAUGCUGAGCUUGUGUGGCGUGAUCAGGAACAUGCUGAAUGUUUGGUUUUUGAACGCGCUGUAAGCAUAUGGUGUUCACACAGGUCUGUCGCUACCCAAAAGUGCAUGAACUCACGGUUGGAAGAGGCUUAGUGCAAAAUAUCAAAGCAGUGAAAAUCUCACAAAUCUUGUUCCAGGAUUUUUCUUUCACAGCUCUAUUCUGAUUUAUGAAAGAAUUUCAAAUUUCUCCAACAUGACCAAUUUUCAAACAGUUGGCACUUCUGUGUUUUGAAAAGAACUCUACACACAUAUAUCACUUCCAAAUCCGAGAGUCCAUUUACAUUUAUACUGGUUGUGUCAACUCCCGUUCGAGUGGUCGCUUGAAUGCGAGUUUCCAAACCCGGUGUGAACAUGGCAAAGCAAACACGCUUUCUGCUGUGAAUGAAGUCACAUUCAUUUCUGCUGCCAUUUUUGCUCAAUCUUAUCACCAAAGUUGGUCUCUGGAACCAUUUUGUGGACAGUCUUUAGCAGUCGUAACAAUGAUCUGUUCAUUGCUCCUGCAAUUCCUGCAGGUAAAUAUUGGCUAAAAAUAACCCUAAUAUCACGCCUUUAAAGUAAAGCCUUCCUAGUGGACUUUUUACAUAGUUUCUGCAGAGCGGGAGAGAUUGAUUUCAAAUUUGCCUCAGUUGUAGGCGGGUCUGUUUGUGUGACUUAAGCCCACCCCCUUCCCAUCAUCCAUCAGUUUCAGUGAUCUCCUGUUAUCUUACAACCACUCAUAACUCAAACCUAACAUUACCAAUGCGACAAAAAUGGCGAGCAAUAUUGGAAUUAUCCAGUCGUACAAGUUUUGAGUCAGAAACCAGCUCGGGUGAGGAAAAAAAAAAUGUGCACAUGAAUCUAUUUGUCUGCAAAGUGAUGCAUCAGAAAGGAACGGAGCACGGAGCUUGUGGUUUGCUGCUGCAGCUUCAACUUAACACGUACAAUCUUUUUCAAACUGCAUUUUUUGUCUGCUGCUGAUUCACAACAAUUUGAAUGAAAAAAUACUCAGGAAUGCAAGUUUGCGGUUAAUUUUCUUCAUCAUAAAAAAAAAAUCCCACAAGAAGAUGUUAAAAACACCAAAAACACAAUUUUCUUCGUAGUGGGUCUUUAAAGUUGACUCAUAACCAUCAACUGUUUAUGAACAUGAUGACAAUCUUUUUCCCAACAUGGGAAGUCCCCAAAGUUCACGUAAUCAGUGAAGGAAUAUGGUGAUGAUAAGACAGCUCAGACACUCAGAAGUGUUUUAUUCACAGGGCUGGAACUCGGUCAUAAGAACGCCAGCAGACCAAAAAGAAUAAAAUAUAAAAGCUCACUAUUUACAUACUGAAAAAACAUGAAAAAUGAAGUAAAUUCCUAACUAUAUGUGUGAGAAAAUUUAAAGUUUGUCAUGAUUAAGGUCCGUCCUCUGAGCUCCACAGAUCUGCAGCUCCGUUAAUGUUUGUACUACUGAAAUAAAGCAACUGAAGUGCCUGAUUUUAAUAUUUUUUUGUGUAUCACACGAAUGUGAACAAUAUAAAUGAUAUUGUUCGUUUGCUUGUACAUUUGUUCAGCUUUUUUUUUUUUUGUUGUUGUUGUUUUUUGUUCAAAUAAAAGACUUCCAGAAGUAAACAAUGAAGUAUUGCAGUAAUGAUGCCAAGAAAUGCAGAUCUCAGUUUGGAAAAGUAGAGUUGGAGUUUUACCAGGAAAAUGACUAUUUUUGUCUCAUGGUUAUCGCUUUAAGCAGCUUGUUUUUAUAUUAAUCAAAUAUUUCUACUUUUAAAUGUGCCAAAUGAUGCAAUAAGUUAUUGCACUUACAGUGUUUUUUAUAUAUAUAUUUGCUGGGACAUUUUUUCUCCCUUGAGGUUUGGUUCCUAGCACCAGCAGUCAAGAACUGACUCCUUCGUCCAUCCAUGUUUUAUGCCAUUAGGAGCAUCAUUGAGGUCUUCUCAGGUGCCUGACUUUCUGUGAGCAAAACUGAUGUGUUCAGUUGUCAAUGUCUGUUUCUGAAUGGGAUAUGAAAUAAACUUAACUUCAAUUGUA